AUGGCCAAAAGCAAGCGGAUGGUGCCCAUACUAAGGCUGCCGUUGAUGGAGUUUAUUGGCGGUUCCGACGGUGUCGUCUCCGACAUCGACGACUACCGCGGCGAUUGCCGACAGCUGAUCGCCGCCGGCAACUCUGGCUAUCAGCUGAGUCCGUUGCUCGGACUCCCCCAGGAGGUGUUGGCUCUCGUGUGUGAAUACGUCGACCAGUUUGAUUUGGUCAAUCUCCAACAGUGCUGCCAUCAACUCUACCCCGUGGCUCGGAGGCGGCUCUACCGGCGCGUCACCGUGGCUCUCGACGGCGAGUUUGCCCGACGGUUUGACGAUUCACACCACUAUAUCCGUGAAUGUGGCAUUAAGCUGAUGGACCUGGCGUUUAUCUUUUCCCGAGCCAAUUUGCGCCGGUUUAUCGCCAGUCUCCACUACAGUCCCGAGUUGAUCCAGUUGGUGAAAAUAUUUGUGUUUGACAAGUGUCCUGAUUAUGACGAAGACGUGAAACAGAUCCAGGGCCAUCUCCUUGAUUUCUUUGGCAAGUGGCUGGAGGCGGUGGAGUUCCUCCACAUCACAUUUAUGGAAUACGACCAGGGGCUCACCAAACUCCAACUGUUUUUGCGCAACGAAAACGUUCGUCGCCACAUCUUUAAGUUAUUUGUCACUGAUUACAAUCAGGUUAUACUGCCGAUGGUGCCUCCCUGUCUCACCAACUUAUUGUUGAUGCCCGAGGAGGAAUCGAUGUUUGAUCUUGAUCUUGGCCGGCCCCAAUACCAGUUCAUGCAUUCACUAUUCACGCUUACAGUCAACACUAACCACCACCAGGGGAUCAAAGUGUUACGACUGCUAAAGCUUGCUCAUAGAGACACCCGGCUCCAACUUAAGGGGUUCACGUUAUUCCAUGUACACAACGACUCGCUGUACUUUGACCAUGACGGUAACGAAAGCGGCGAUGUCCGUCUCGAUUUCGCUACCGUCACCGAUAAGAUUGAUCUCACCACGCUUCACCGUCUCCACUUUAAAAUCGACUGCUUCCGUCAUCGCGCUGCUGACUGUCUGUGCUUUGCUGAGUUCUUCCGUGACCUUGCCGCCUACUCUCUGAGCCAUGGCGGGCUCCCCAACCUCGAGAACGUCGAGAUCGAAAACUUCAGCGACUCGGAAUGGCUCCGGCCCCACCAGUUGCUUGAAGGCAUGUUGACUCCCAUUGGUGAGUUCUUACGCACGUUGGUGGGAGUUAAACGGGUGUUUGUUGACUUUGCCACUCCCGGGUACAAGAUGUUCGAUAACACCGACCGCAUGCUGUCCGAGUUCAUCAAUAAACUCAACUUCAAGCUUGUGGAGGCAUUCUUCUGUCUGCUGUUCCCUCGCGACCUGGUGAUCACUAACAACUUGCGGCAACUUGUGCUCCCUGACUUCUUGACGCUGUUUGUCUAUUAUAAGCCCGAGUUCUACUCGUCAUGGCUCCACACUUGCCGGUGUUCUGGGUGUGCCGAGGUGCUUGACCGCAUCCACCGCCAGUUCUACCCAUUAAAGAACUUUGACGAGCCCAUCGACCACGACAGCACCUUCUACCUCGUCAUUGGCUACAUGCUUAUGAAGCUCCAGUUCGACCGCGAGGUGUGUACUCCCAUCAAGGAGAAAGUGUACCAAGUCGACCAAUACCCCAUCUACAAGGGGAUGCCAUACACAUUGCACCACGGGUUCCACGACGACGAUAGCUGUGGGUGCCGCCUGCGGCCAGAUCUCGACCAGUGGGUGACCACAUACAUUAUCCACCAGCUCCGUCCCGUGAUCAAAUACAUCUCCCACCGGUUCCCCAAGCUCGACACGGUGAUGGUCCACGGCAUCUACUUCCAUCGCCAAGGCGACGAAAUGGUGCCCACGCACGACCUGGGCCAGUACCCCGAUGACUCGGGCCCCGACCCGUGUCUUGAUUAA